AUGGCCCUCGCACCAGCCCCCCAGCCCAUCGGCGUAUUCCCGCAAUUCUUCGCCGCAGGCCCCGAAACGCUCGUGAUGAAAGAAAAAGUCAUGUCCCUCAGCGGUGACAGCUUCAGCAUCAAGCUCGCAAACGGCACGCCUGUGCUCAAAGUCGAAGGCAAAGUCAUGAGCCUGACGGGCCGCAAGAAGAUGUUCGAUAUGCAGGGUAACCACCUGUGCAGCAUUGUCAAGGAGCAUUUUCAUAUUCAUUCGACGUAUGUGGUUGAGAGUGCGGGGGGUGAGAAGAUUAUGGAGGUGAAGAGUAGUUUUAAACUAUUUGGAAGCAAAGCAACAGCGACAUUCACGUCGCAAAACGGCAAGCAAGAAAGCCUCACUAUGAAAGGCGACUUCUUCGAUACCCAGGCUGAUAUCCUGGAUGAGGCGCAAGGAGGCCUCGUCGUCGCCCGCAUCGACCGCAAGCUCCUCAGCGGCAAAGACAUAUUCUUCGGGCAGCAAACCUACGGCGUGCAAAUCGCACCGGGGGUCGACAUGGCGCUCAUCGCCGCACUGUGCAUCUGCCUCGACGAGAAGAACAACGAGGGGUCAUAG